AAAAUGUUAUCGCUGGCAAAUCCGAGUGACACGCAAUCAGAAAACGUCGAAUCGCGAGCCUUUCGUGUUUUCGCGUUCGACAAAGUUUUCCUUCGAUCUUUUUGCGGCCGUAUCAAGUUUUUGAACAAAUCAUACCGAGCAACAAAUCUGUAGCUAAUUGGUGACGGUGCCUGUUUCGUUUUAUAGAGGGAAAUUUUAUCAUCGCUAGGUUCGAAUUUCCUGGUUAGUAUAUUAGGACCCCUUGAGAAUGUCCGAAAUCGUAGAGGAACUCGUCCAGCAAGUGCAGGAGAAUCUCACUGAAGCCGCCAACGCGGCAGCAACCAAUGGAACGGCAAAGACUCCUUCCACGCCGGAGGGCAUGGCGCUGGCGUACGGAACCCUAGUGACAAUGGCCAUGUUGCCCAUUUUCUUUGGGUCGAUACGCUCCGUUAAGCACCAUAAGGAACAAACGAGCACUUUCCAGAAGACGGGUGAAAAGCCGGACACGAUGACUUCCAAAGACGCGAUGAUGUUUCCGAUUAUGGCUUCCUGUGCACUGUUUGGACUGUACAUGUUUUUCAAGAUUUUUUCUAAGGACAACAUUAACUUCCUGUUGACUGGCUACUUCUUCUUCCUCGGUGUGAUGGCACUGUCUCAUCUACUGAGCCCCGUCAUAAGUUCUCUGAUUCCGGCUGCCAUCCCGAAAAUCCCGUAUCACCUGUCAUUUAGUCAAGGACCCACGGAGGGCGUCAAGGGUGACAAGAAGACAUAUUUGAUCGACUACAAAUUCACCACCCAUGAUGUAGUAUGCUUUAUCAUUUCCUUAGUCAUCGGAGUUUGGUAUUUGAUGCAAAAACAUUGGAUUGCCAACAAUUUGCUGGGAUUGGCUUUCGCCGUGAACGGAGUAGAACUGCUACACUUGAACAAUAUAGUAACCGGUUGCAUUCUGCUUAGUGGACUGUUCGUGUACGACAUCUUUUGGGUGUUCGGAACUAACGUGAUGGUCACUGUGGCGAAAUCCUUUGAAGCUCCGAUCAAACUAGUCUUUCCUCAGGAUCUUAUUUCUAACGGAUUGGCGGCGUCAAACUUUGCCGUCCUCGGAUUGGGAGAUAUUGUUAUUCCGGGAAUCUUCAUAGCCCUGCUGCUACGUUUUGAUAACAGCCUAAAGAGAAAGAGCAAUCUGUACUUUUACGCAACGUUCACGGCGUACUUUUUCGGUCUCCUGGCGACGAUCUUUGUGAUGCAUGUGUUCAAGCAUGCCCAACCAGCGCUGCUCUAUCUGGUACCGGCCUGUCUUGGAACUCCGCUGCUGCUGGCGCUGUUGAAGGGCGAUAUUAAGAAACUGUUUGCUUAUGAGGACCAUCCGGAAGAGAAACCCAAGGAAACGAAAAAAUCGGAAAAGAACUCUGGCGACGAAAGUACCAAGACGAAAAAGGAAGGCAAGAAAAAAGAAUCGAAAAAAGUAAAAUAAGUUAGAGAGGGUGUACUGUUUCACAGUGUGGGGGAAUGCUUGUGUAUGAACUGUUCAUAACAGUCGGUAUAUUAUUGUCUGCUCGCGGCACAGCAUAACUGAUUCUAUUAAUAAGUUCCAUCAUAGAGCUACUUUCGACGCGAAAGAAUCCUUCCAGCACACGCACAUGCUUAUAAAAUAGAAUCAUUUUUAUUGAUAUACUUAGGAAAGUGCUAUCGCAAGCAACAUUUUCCUUUUCUCCCAGUAUUCGCGAGCAAAAGAAAUGGAAUAGUAUUCCACUCACAGAACGCAAAUAUAUUCAAUCAGCUCAAACAAUUUCUGCCUAAAAGCGACAUUCAAAUUUAAAAUAAAUUAAGUCAGGCUGAAGUAGGUAUGUCGUCCAGAUGUACAAACAACAAAAAUAUGAACGCAGCUGUUUGGUUGCCGAAACUAGUUUCUCAACUUAAGAGAUAAAUGCAGACUAUUUUACUCUAUUCGGGAAGUACAAUAGGGGAAAGAUAGCUUUAUUGUGAUUUUUUGGGGAGAUAACUAUAGUUCUAAUCAGCACAACAAGUUCUGUACUAUUGUUUUUGUACAGCACCGAUUGCAAAAACAAAUAAAUUAAUGCUAGAAACGAGAGCCGUUUAGUAUAAUUCUUUGCUUACCUUUUGCUAAGUUUGCGACUGAGAAUGUAUUUUUAUCGAACAGGCAUGCUAGUGAUAUCGUUGUUUCGGUAGGAUGAAAAGCUUUGACUAUAAAGAGACAACUACAAUAAAUGUGGACUUUGUCACCAUUGGAAGUAAUUUUCAGAAACAUGAGUAAAUUCAAAACCCAUUUUAAAAUCUAUACAGUUUUAAAUCAAAAAAAUGAAAUAUUGCUGAAAAGUGAUGGAGAUAAGUUAAAAGUGAAUAGAAUGCUGCAUUGAUAGCAGAUUAUGAUUAUAGACAAGAUUUUUUAUUAUUGAGAGAAACGAGCAUUUGAUGUUUUUAGAAUUUUGUUCAUUUAUUUAGUGCUGACCAUGCGUUGUUUAAUACUAUUGUUCUUUAGUUUCAAUACAAAUCCAACUUAA